AUGGCCAAUUUCCACUCUGAUACAGGUGCUCUGUUUUGCCCCCACCACAUGAAUGUCUCUUCUGAUGGUCGACAACUUAGUCUCUUGAUGGAUAAAUCCUGCGGUUCGGGGUUUCAAUCCAAAAAGGCGUUCAUCUUUGGAAAAUUCGACAUUAGAAUGAAGCUCGUUCCUGGGAUGUCUGCUGGCACUGUUACGACAUUCUAUCUCAACUCAAGUCUGGGUAAAUGGCACGACGAGAUUGACUUUGAGUUCUUGGGCCACACUGACCCCAGCCACUACAUUCUUCAUACCAACGUUUUCGUAAAGAACGUUGGUUCCAGGGAGCAAAGAAUUCAUCUCUGGUUCGAUCCGACUGCUGACUUCCAUACUUACUCAAUCUUAUGGAACCCCCAUCAAAUAAUAUUUUACGUUGACCAAGUACCCAUUAGAGUCUACAAAACUGGGGCAACGGUUCCUUUUCCAAAACAGCAGCCCAUGACACUCUACGGUACUAUCUGGGAUGGAAGUGAUUGGGCCACUGAAGGUGGGGCAAUCAAAAUUGACUGGAGUAAAGCUCCCUUUGUGACCUAUUAUCGUGACUACAGCGUUAAUGCCUGCGUAUGGUCUGGACAAGGUCAAUCAACAAAGUGCACCAAACCUAGCCCGCCAUGGAUGAGCCAUACACUUGAUGCAGGCGAAUGGAAGAAGUUGGAAUGGGUUCGGAAGAAUUACCUGAUUUAUGACUACUGCACUGAUCCUUCGAGGACUAAGCCUGAGUGCUCUGUUCAGCUUGCAACAUAG